AUAACAUACCAAGAAUUCUACAAAUGUCGAUUUCUGAAAAUAAGUGUCACAUCUCCACUCAAGUCGAACGUCUUAACAUUUCUUUUCUUGACGAUGCCAUUAUAAAAGCACGUAAAUACCGAGAUACUUCACUUAAUUCUACCACAACUAUCAGUCCUUCCGCAUCCAAUUCACAAGACUCCAUUCAACGAGGUGACGUUAUUGAAUUUUAUGGACCGGCCAGUGGUGGGAAAACUACUAUUUUAUAUCAUAUAGCUCUUACCACUAUCCUUCCACCAAGUUGGAACCGAACUUAUGAAAAUUUGGAUUUAUAUGAUAUUGCCGACGUUAAUGCAACAAUCGAAUUGAAUGGACGUGGAAAAGGAGUUAUUUUCUUUGAUUUGGAUGGAAAAUUCGACAUUCAACGUUUAUAUUCAAUGAUGAUAUAUUAUUUACAUAGACGAGUGAAAACAACAUUGAAAGAAGAUAUAAAUCUGAUUCCAUCUGAAAGUGAGAUUGAAUCAAUCGCGAAAAAUGCGCUAAAAAGAAUUCAUGUUUUCAAACCAAAUUUACCCGAGAGUUUUUAUGCGACUUUACUUGAUUUGCCAAAAUAUAUGAAGGAAUUACAACAGAGCGAAAGUUACGAGUUCUCCUUCUUGAUGAUUGAUCAAAUUAACACGUUUUAUUGGGAAGAUAAAGAUUACGAUGAGGUUGGUAUAAUUGCAAAUGACACAUGGAAAAAUAAUAAUGUUCAUUAUUAUGUUCAAGCAUUGAAGCAGAUAAUAGAGUUAACGGGAGUAACCGUUAUAACUACAAAUUGGGCAAUUACACCACCAGAGGCUGUUGAUCGAAUUCCACUCAACUUAUGCUAUCCGGUUGUCGCACAUGUAGCCUGGCAGUCGUUUGUUAAAUAUAGAUUUGUGGUAGAUAGACAAUCAGUUCCUCAGUAUAAUGUUUGUCCAGAAGAGGCACAUAAUUUGAAAGUAAAUUUCUUGUCGAGAUCACUUUUUUAUGGGAGAUUAACUACACCUAAUAACAAUCCCAGUGAUAUUGACGUAUUUCAAUUUGGUAUUGAUGAAGGAGGAAUUGUAUUUAAAUAA